AUGUCACUGGCCCAAGUGGAAGGAAGUCUCUCCCUGGAUGCCGAACUGGAUUGCUUUCUGAUCUCUUGCCUCAGCAGGUCAACAAUGUCAUUCCUCGACCAGCCAAUGUCAGCAUCACCUGGAUAUCGCUUCGGCACUUUUGUUCGGAUCAUUCCCCUCAGUCCGCUUUCUCACUUCUCACUUGCUCCUCAUCUGUCUUACCUUCGUCCUAGGGAGAUCAUGUUCAAGAACAUGGUUGAUCUGGACGGCGUUCCAGCGAAGCGCACGACUGUCCUGCAGGACUUGGAGGCUGCAGCGUGCUUGUGCGCCCAACUCGAGGAGGAGAAAUUACCAAACCCAGGUUAG